AUGGACCCUCAAGGGCUGAAUCAAUCUCAUGUCUGUGAUUACCAUUGGUAUGUCAAGCAUGCCAAGGAUUAUGGUAUCAUGGAAUGGAAAUCAUCACCGAAUGUUUAUGAUAGUCAAGAGGUUGAAUCUUGGUUGGAAUUGUGGGAAAGUUGUUGGUCUCACAAUCCUUGUGAGGAUAAGGUGAAGAUAGAGUUCUUUGUGACGAAGCUUACGGGCCAUGCUUCUUCGUGGUGGAAGAACUACAUUAAAGCUAAUCCGAAGCCGACUUCUUGGACUGAUUUGACAAAGGUUUUCCGCGCUUCGUUUGUCAAGAAGUUUGAAGAGGUUGAUCUUGUGAAUCAGUUGUUAGAGAUCUGGCAAGGGACUUUGUCUUUGGAUGCGUAUGCCCGCAAGUUCUGUGAUCUUUGCCUUGUGAUCUCACAGGAUGGUCUUUGGGGUGGUCAACGUGAUGACCAACCCACCAAUACUUCAUCUUCAGGGAAGAAACAGCCGUUGUUUCGUCGUAGCUCGAAGAGUGGAGAUGGCAAUGAGGCAAAAAGACAUCAGUUAGACCAACGAGAGAAGGACAAGAUGGAAGGCAAUUGUUUUCAUUGUCACAAGGUUGGACAUCAUGGCAAGGAUUGUCCUCUUGUGAAGGGAUCAAAGAAUGCUAAGGUGAAUGUGGUGGAAUCCAUUGUGGAUACAGCUCAGGCAUCUGUUGUGGUGGUUCUUCCACACCCUGUGGCAAAAGUUCAAGAAUCUAAGUCUCGAGUUUGUAUCAACUCUGUAGAGAUUAAUGGUUCUAUGCGCAAUCAACAUGUGAAGGCCAAGGGGGACAUUCAAGGACAUGCUGUUAGUAUUCUUUUCGAUCCAGGUGCUACACACAACUUUUUGAGCUCCAAGGUGGUGAAGAAACUUGAUUUGCCUAUGGAAAAGAGUUUAGUAAUCUACGAGGUGGUUCUGGCAGAUGGACAUAGCACUUGUGUUUACGGUGAAUGGGCUCUGAGUGUUCCUUUGACGGUUCAGGGGAUUCUCGACCAUCCUUCGUUCCAGGUUAUGGAUCUUGGUCGCAUAGACGUUAUUCCUUGGAAGGAAUGGUUUUAUGAUAGAAAUCCAGGGAUCGAUUGGGAGCGUAAUGUUCUGUGUAUCGAAGUUGGUGGCAUUAUAAAAGAGAUUGUCGGGACAGACAAUAGUGAUACUCCAUUGAUUAAUGCUUUGGAGUUGGUGACAUUCCCACUAAAGCUGAGGAGAUUAUUCGGCCGCUUGCUGACUACCUAUAGGAAAUGGUGGUUACGGAUCAGCAAGUCUCCUUGGGCUGCUCCAGUGGUGAUGGUCAAAAAGAAAGAUGGUACAUGGCAUCUCUGCGUGAACUACAAGGGAUUAAAUGAUAGGAUAGUGAAUAUUAUGUACCCGAUCCCUUGUAUCGAUGAUAUGCUUGAUCGUCUUCGUGGAGCUCGAUAUUUUGCAAAGAGAUUGAUGAAUCACGUUCUACAAACUUACUUGGGAAAGUUUGCAAUUGAUUAUUUUGAUGAUAUCCUAGUAUUCAGCUCUUCCGUGGAGGAACAUGAGAUGCAUAAUACGUCAAAACAUGCUACUAUUCAUGGUUGGGAUGAGAAGUGUGAAGUGGCAUUUCAACAUUUGAAGCAGUGUUGUAUCUUUGCUCCGGUGUUGAAGAUUUUUGAUCCUAAAAAGCCUUUUGUGGUCGAGACAGAUACAAGUGACAUUGCUAUUAGAGCUGUCUUGCUUCAAGUUGGGCAUCCUCUUGCAUACAUGAGCCAUAAGUUUGAUGCCACACAGCGGAAUUGGCCUACUCAAGACAAAGAGUUGUAUGUUGAAAUGUCUGUUAAGAUCCGGUACAAGCAUGGAGGUGACAAUAAGGUGGCUGAUGCAUUAUCCAGGAUAGUAAAUUCUAUCUCGUUCGUGAAGCUAUCUAGCGAUCUCUUGGAUGAGCUUAAGGAGUUUAUUUUGGUUGAAUGUUAUGAUGUGCUAAGUGUUGGGCAUCCGGGGGUAUUGAGAACGUAUAUGUUGGUGAAGAGGCAUUUCUUUUGGCCUGGGAUGAAGUCAAAUGUUGAGAAGUACGUAGGUGGUUGUUUGACCUGCCAGGCGGUCAAAGUUGAUCAUCAGAAGUUUGUUGGCCUCUAUCAUCCUUUACGUAUACCUAAGAAUAAGUGGGAUAGCAUCUCGAUGGACUUUAUCACUGGUUUGCCCAAAACCUUUCGAGGAAAUGAUGUUAUUUGGGUUGUUGUGGAUCGUUUGACGAAGAUGGCUCACUUCUUCCUUGUGAAGACAACGAUAAAAGCUUCUGAACUUGCUCAGUUAUUUGUAGACUGGUUAUUCAGUUUUUAUGGUUUGUUGGGUGACAUUGUGAGUGAUCGGGAUCCUAAGUUCACGUCCAAGUUUUGGCAAACAGUCUUUGAAAAACUAAAGACUAAACUGAGCAUGAGUAGUGGUGAGCAUCCACAAUCUGAUGGGCAGAUAGAGCGCAUGAAUCAGCUAUUAGAAGAUAUGCUACAAUCUUUUGUGGGAAAUUUGACUAGACAAGGAGUAUGGGAGAAAUACUUGCCUUUGCUUCAGUUUGCUCACAAUAGCACUCAUCAAUUGGCUAUUGGCAUGUCUCCUUUUAUGGCGAUGUAUAGCUAUGAGCCUAGGUCUCCUGUGAGUUUGAAUUUGGCUUUGGUUCGGGUUCCUCAUGCUUGUGAUUUCCUGGAGGAUAUGCAAGACAAACUUGAGUUGCAUGUGGGGGAUCUUGCAUACACUUUGGACUUGCCAGUUAGUUCGAAGAUUCAUCCAACAUUCCAUGUGAGCAAGCUUAAAGCGUGUUUGCACUCUGGUGAUAUCGUGGAUCAGUCCAUCAUCCAGGUGGUGAAGCAAGUUGGUGAUGCAUCCUAUAAGUUGGAUCUUCUGGAUGAGUUGUCCCAUGUACAUAAUGUGUUUCAUGUCAGUUUACUAGCACCAUAUAGUGUUGAUGUGGAUCGCUCUAUGGACAUUCGUCCCCCUCCGGAAGUUGUGAAUGGUGACAUGGAGUAUGAGGUCAAGGGAUAUCAUUCCUUUGAAAACCGAGUGGUACUUGGAGUAGCAAGGGUGGCUAACUACAUUAGUCAUUUCCUUGUCAGCGACGGUUGGAGGGUAUCUGAGUCUUAA